GCACUACAUAAGAAGAUGCAGGAAGGCGGUGCUAAUGAGAACGAGUCUGCAGCCAUUGAGGAGAAGGAGGAGGCGGCGGCGGCGGUACUACCACCACCAGCAGCGGCAGCGAUAGCGGCAGCAGCAGCAGCACCAUCACCACCACCACCACUACUAGCCGAAGCACCACCACCCGAAGCACCACCACUACCUGUAGAAACAGUAGAGGCGGCACCAGGAGCAGCAGCGGCGGUAGCAGCGGAGGCGCCAGAGGCAGAGACAGAGGCGGCGGUAGAGGCGGAGGAAGAUAGCGUUACAAGCGAGGAAUCCGAGGCUGCCACAAUGGUGAAGAUCGUAGGAAGCCUGACUGAAUUCCGAACUGAGUUGGCAGAUGCUGGGGACAAGCUGAUCGUCGUUGACUUCUCUGCCACCUGGUGUGGGCCAUGCAAAAUGAUCAAGCCCUUCUUCCAUAGCAUGGUUGAAAAAUAUCCAGAUGUAAUCUUCAUUGAAAUUGAUGUGGAUGAUGCUCAGGAUGUGGCCUCUCACUGUGAUGUGAAGUGCAUGCCAACAUUCCAGUUCUACAAAAAUAAUGAAAAGGUGCAUGAAUUUUCUGGAGCAAAUAAAGAAAAGCUGGAAGAAGCCAUUAAGAAGCAUAUGUAACCAAAGGUUCUUGAUUCAUGACUGACUGUUAAAUUAUAGCCUUUUCUACCUAACACAUUGAUCAAGUUAGAAUAUGUAUUCAAGUACACAUUGACCCUUCAGUCUGUAAAUGAAGAUAAUAAAAAAAA